UGUAAACUGCAAACCAUGGACAGAAUCUCGUCAACAGCCCUCUCCUAUCGAUAAUCCUCAAUCGGAACAUCAAUAUACCUGUCGUAACAUGGCGACACCGUCCCAAUCCUCAGACGGCGAGGGACAUCUUCUCCGUCCUCGACCCUUGAGAGCCUUGCCGGAAGCCUUGCGCAGCGCCGGGGCCCAGGGCGUCAACGGCUUUGCUGAUGCCCCUUCCAGCAUAUCUAGUGGACGUUCGACGCCCGUCCCUCAAGAUGCUCCUCCCUCAGUACAAUCCAUCUCAUCUGCACGUAAGCAGGCGCGAGCCCAAGCGAAACAUCGGCUCUUCCACACUAUCAACUAUAAGCCUCGCGUUUCUCAUUUUGACCCACGCAGCGACUACCGCGAUUUCAGAGGCUUCUUCGUCCUUUUCUGGAUCAGUCUGACCAUCAUGUGCAUUACCACCGGUCUGAGGAACAUCAAAGAGACGGGACACCCCCUUCGAGUCCAGGUCUACGCAUUACUCUCCCGCAAUGUGGUGUCAUUGGGCCUGAGUGACGCCGCCAUGGUAGGAAGUACUGCUAUCAGUCUGUUCAUCCAAAAGAUGGUGCGCGGGCGCACCGGAGUGCUGCGAUGGCGAAAAGCUGGCAUUUGGAUACAGAGCAUAUACCAGGUGCUUUGGCUAUCAUUAUGGGUGGAAUGGCCCUUCCUUCUUGGGUGGACUUGGACGGCGCAAGUCUUUUUUGCCCUGCAUACCCUAACUUUUCUCAUGAAGAUGCAUUCCUACGCUUUCUACAACGGCCACUUGAGUGAGACAGAAAGACGCCUGCAAGAGCUGGACAAGCCCGAAACGGCCGAUCGUCACAAAGCCGUUAUAUAUCCCAGCUCACCGGCACGUCUGCAAGAACAACAGCAAGACGAAUCGUCGGAUGAGGGCGACUCGGUCGAGGAACUUUCCCAACUGCGACAGGACCUGGCCACAGAACUGACCUCUCCUCUUGGCCAGGUCACUUAUCCCCAGAAUUUGACGCUAUACAACUAUGCCGACUACAUCCUAUGUCCGACCCUUUGCUAUGAACUGGAGUAUCCACGCACGGCAAAUAUCAAUUGGUUUGAGCUUUUCGCAAAGACCUUGGCUGUCUUCGGCUGCAUUUUUCUCAUGAUCACUGUCAGCGAGGAAUUUAUCACCCCGGUCCUGGCCGAAUCAGCCAUCCGGCUUCGCUACCUCAACACCUUUUCGGACAAGGCACUCGUUCUAGCCGAGACUACCAGCAUGUUGCUGUUCCCCUUCAUGAUCAUCUUCCUCCUCGUCUUCCUCGUCAUCUGGGAGUAUAUCCUUGGCGCCUUUGCCGAGAUUACCUGUUUUGCAGAUCGACACUUCUAUUCGGAUUGGUGGAACAGCAGCGACUGGCUUGAAUUCUCCCGCGAAUGGAACAUCCCUGUCUACCAUUUCCUCCGGCGGCACGUCUUCUUUUCCUCCAAGACAUACCUCUCCACCUCCGCCGCCAUGACCAUCACCUUUCUGAUCAGCGCCCUUGGUCACGAACUCAUCAUGGGCUGUAUCACCAAGAAGCUUCGCGGCUACGGCUUCAUUGCCAUGAUGUUGCAACUUCCAAUCGUCGCUCUGCAGCGGAGUCCGCUCAUUCGCGGUCGGUGGGUGUUCAACAACGCAGCGUUCUGGUUCAGCAUGAUUCUGGGCCUGAGCGGCAUGUGCAGCCUGUAUGUCUUGGUAUGAGGCGGCUGGGCAGAGGUUUCUCAAGAUGCCUACCAACUAAUUGGAACCGGCCGUGCCAAACAGGUGCUGGGCAGUAAUGUCCGACAGAGAUUCGAUCAACCCUCCAACCCCUAAUCUACCCACAACUACAAACAUGUACUUCUAGGCGUUUGGCGAGAUUCUCAGCGUGGUGACCAUUCGGCGUGGAGAACAUGGUACCCUAUGCAUCGCUCAUUUGUACAACAUAGAUACAGUCAAUUAGCAGGAGACAUCUGCAGACUUCUUCGUGAGCGCCAUUGCACAAAUAUCAAGUCACCCGUCGGUAUUAUGG